GCUGGGAAGAGUACGCGGCAGCUGUGGUGGACGGGAGCGCAGCGAGGAGGGGGGCCGCGCGCGCGCGCGAUCGUCAUCGUUGUUGAGUUCCCGUCUCCUGCCGCCUCUCUCUCUCUCUCUCAUCUGACGGUCGUGCGCGGGUGGGUGUCUACAGAACUCGCUCACGCGCGCGUGUGUGUAUAUACACACACACACGCGCACGAGCACGCGCGCGCACGCGCAGACACGUGUGCACACGUGCACGAGCCGCACACACACGAGUGUGCGCAACGGACCUGCACAGAGGGUGCGCUACGGCUGAAUCGGCGUGACCGCGCCUUCGCCAACGAAUCGGAGGGGACAGGGCACAAGCCCGAAGCUUGGGCACCGACGCCAACGUUCAUGUGGUGCGUUGUGGUUGUGGUGGUGGUUGUGGUGGCGGCAGGCUGCGACGGAGCAACAGGCGCUGGGCAUUUAAACUCGGCUCCGACUGCGGGUCAACAUCCGUGCGACUGAAUCAUCAGCGCAAACCCGCGCGUACCCGGAAAAAAAAGAAACAAAAAAUCCCAAACAUUUCGUGCAAACUUUUAGUUUCUCCUCGAUUUGGGGCUUUCGCGACUGCAGGUCACGACGUUUCGAUCGCAAACAGCAAGCGGUCGUCUUCACGUGAAAGAAACCGACUGCUGUUGUUGCUGUUGCUGUUACUGCGUCCACAAAGAGACACUGACGGCGGCGUCACUUGCCGGCAGAAGCAGCGUCCGCUCCGCACGCUGGGGGCGCGUUCGACUUGCUGCUGCUGCUGCUGAAGGUUGUGGUGGUUGAGUUGCUGCUGGACACCCGUGCGUAAACAGCCCCGUUCAUCGGAGGUGCCCGCGCGCGCGGCGGGGGUAGGGGGUAACGACAUUGUUCCGCCGCGCAGGAACGAAGGAGCAUCAUCACCAUCAUCAUCAUCACCACCACCACCAUCAUCAUCACCACCAUCAUCAUCACCACCAUCAUCAUCACCACUACCACCACACCGGGCUCAUCGUCUGUGUUGGUGUCUGAACUCACCCACCAUCAUCACCAUCAUCACCAUCAUCACCAUCACCACCAUCAUCAUCACCACUACCACAACACCGGGCUCAUCGUCUGUGUUGUCUGAACUCACCCACCAUCACCACCACCACCAUCAUCACCAUCGUCAUCAUCCACCACCGCCUUCUGCGCCACCGCUACUGAAACAGAUCCCCCGUCUGAAUCUCUCUCUCCUCUCGGGGUGAGCCGAGCCGAGAGUUGGACGGACCAAGCCAGUGAACUGAUUGGCCUUGGAAGACUCCUGGCCCUGGGAUGGCGACCGCGAUGGCGCUCUGCGGCGGCGGCGGUGGCGGCUGCGAUCUGGCCGCGUCGUCGGCCGUGCUGAUGGAGUACGUCAACGACUUUGACCUCAUGAAGCUCGAGGUGAAACGAGAGCCCCUGGACCUACAAUCCGGCCAUCACCGCCACCACCACCAGCAGCAGCAGCAGCACAACCACCACAACCAGCAGCAGCUACAACAGCUACAGCAGCAAGAUGAUCCGUCCCAAGUUCGAGUUCGCGCGGCCGGUUCUCUGCAGUCAUCGUCGCCGUCUCCCGUGAGCACCCCGCGCAGUUCCGAGCCUCCGUCGCCAGUCCUCGGCGUGCCGAGCUCCGCGCCGCGUGCGGGCCUCCUGGUGGAGGACCUCUACUGGGUGAUGAACCACGCGCAGAACCACCAGGGCCACGGCACGCUACACCUGCACGCUCAUCACCAGCAGCAGCAGCAGCAGCACGUGGUCGACACGGUGGCCGCAGCCGAGGCGCUGAACCUGACCCCGGAGGACGCGGUGGAGGCUCUCAUCGGCUGCGCCGUCCACUCGGCUCAGUCCCAGGGGUUCGACCUCCGACCCGGGGCCCUCCUGCAGGCCGGCGGGGCCGGCGGCGGCGGCGGCGGCGGAGUUCACUCGCCUCUCGACCUCCUGCGGGAUGAACUCCAGGACGUCGACAACACCGAGGCGCAGCGCCAACAGCAGCAGCACCACCACCACCACCGCAACCACCACCAGCAGCAGCAGUUGCUUCUGCACAGCGGCUGUGGAGGCAGUAGCAGCAACGUGAGCUGCAGCGGCAGCAGCGGCAGCGUCGGCAGCGGCGCGGGACAUCCGUGCCGGGGCGCUUGUUCGGAAGAGCGCUUCACGGACGAGCAGCUGGUGUCGAUGUCGGUGCGCGAGCUGAACCGGCAGCUGCGCGGCCUCGCCAAGGACGACGCCGCGCGCCUCAAGCAGCGCCGCCGGACGCUCAAGAACCGCGGCUACGCACAGUCGUGCCGCCACAAGCGGGUGCAGCAGCGGCACCUGCUGGAGAGCGAGAAGUCCCUGCUGCAGCGGCAGGUGGACGAGCUGGAGCGGGAGCUGGCGCGCCUGUGCCGCGAGCGCGACGCGUACAAGGACAAGUGCGAGCGACUCGCCUGCUCCGGGGCGCCGCGUAGCCGGAGCCCCGUGUUGCCUGGCUUCUACCUGUGAGUGUCGGUGUGAGUGUCCCGAGAUACACACAGAGAGACAGAGACACGCACGUGUUGCCUGGCUUCUACCUGUGAGUGUUGGUGUGAGUGUUGGUGUGAGUGUCCCGAGAUACACACAGAGAGACAGACAGACAGAGACACACACGUGUUGCCUGGCUUCUACCUGUGAGUGUCGGUGCGAGUGUCCCGAGAUACACACAGAGAGACAGACAGAAGAGACACGCACGUGUUGCCUGGCUUCUACCUGUGAGUGUUGGUGUGAGUGUCCCGAGAUACACACAGAGAGACAGACAGACAGAGACACGCACAUGUCGCCUGGCUUCUACC